AUGCGCUAUCUGGAUAGUUUGCCUUCUGAGUCGAACGACGAUCUCGUUCUCAUGAUUGAUGGUUACGAUGUGGUCUUUCAACUUCCCGCCGAUGUUCUCAUCCAACGGUACUUCGCCGUGAUAGAGACAGCAAACGCCAAAAUUGCUGCGCGAUUUGGCCAGGAUUCAAUAGAAAGUUUGUCUGGAGACAACCGUCCACGACAAACCAUUCUAUUUGGCCCCGAGAAACUCUGUUAUCCAGUCGACGUGAAUCGACCAGGGUGCUGGGCUGUACCUGAGGAUAUCGACAUUCCUGUUGGCGCGUUCGGGCCAGACAAAGGCGAUUUGAGUCACAAUCCACCCCGGUGGCUUAAUUCUGGCACCAUAAUGGGUCCAGUAGAGGACAUGAGAGAAUUGUUCACAGCAACCUUGGAGCGAAUCAAUGCCACCUAUAACCCACAACAUGAAUUCAGCGACUCAGAUCAAAUGUACAUGAGUGAUAUCUGGGGCGAGCAAGAGUUUUGGCGUUCCGUGGAUAGACAUAACCAUUACUUCCAUGAUGAUGUGGACCCAAAGACGAUCGCACCAGCUGGAGGGCCAGACAGAAUCAUUCCAACUAGGGUUGCUGGCCAAAAGACCGAAUUUCACAUUGGGAUUGACUACAAAUCCGGGCUUUUCCAGACCCGUGUUGGCUCUGACCAUGUUCUUGAACAUCUUGCUUUCAAUCUAACUGCACCCGACGGCGUUGGUGCUUCAGCCUUGAUCACUCAAAACUCGAUUGAAUCCUUGAAUUUUCAGCCCUAUGAGAUUGCACUGCCCGUCAAUGUCAUCUCUUCAUUGAUAAGAAUCUCGAGUGCAAUCUCUGAUGUCCUCGAGACCGACCCAAAAGAUUUCGUCACGAAGAUACAUCUCGGAACAAACUUAGUGACCAAAAAUAUCUAUGGACUAUUCCAUUGCAUCGGUGAAAAGACUUAUCUCAAUGGCUUGUGGUAUCGGCUAUGGUUCCAACAGUAUGGUCGGUCACUUUUAGAAGCGGGGAUCAAGUCGAUGAAAGAAAAGAAGGGCAUUUCCAACGUCUUGAUUGAUGGGCGAAAAUGGGUCGUCGCUCAUGGCUUCCCGAUCACAUCCGAGAAUGGCGUACACGCUGCUGGUGCAUGGAUGGAUGUUGAUGGCCAGUGGCUAACAUGGAGAGAGCUAUGCCAAUCAUUCGAGGAUGACAUUUUCGGGGCGACAUAA